CUCUGUGUUUUAGAACAAGGAUAUAUGGGGCAUUCACCUACCAAGGGCAAGCUUGUUUCAUUGAAAUUCCUGCAUGGUUUCAUUCUUUUAUGGAUGGUCACAUGUCCGGAAUCUGCAGCACUUAACAGCCCUAUUUCCAAGCAGUCUCUGCGUGGAAAUGAAUCUGAUCGCUUGGCUUUGCUCGACUUCAAGAAGAAAAUCACUGAAGAUCCUUUCCAUGUCAUGAGCUUGUGGAAUCAGUCCAUCCAUUUCUGCAGUUGGGUUGGAGUUUCGUGCCACCGUUCCGCCAAAAGGGUCGUGAGUUUGAACCUGCAAGCUCAACAACUGGUAGGCUCCAUACCACCUUCCAUUGGAAAUCUUACCUUUCUUUCUGCACUAAACCUGAUGAGGAACAACUUUCAUGGUGAGAUUCCCCCAGAAAUGGGUCGUUUACGAAGCCUGCAAUAUCUCAACCUUUCUCAAAAUUCCUUCCGUGGGAAAAUUCCAGCUAAUAUGUCACAUUGUACACAACUAAGACUUCUUAAUCUUGAAUCCAAUCAGAUUACUGGGUCCAUUCCAAACCAACUCAGUUCAUUGUUGAAACUAAAUCAUCUAUGGCUUUUUUAUAACAAUCUCAGUGGAAACAUCCCAGGUUGGAUAGGAAACUUUUCUUCUUUGAAAAUUCUUAAUCUUGGCCGCAACAAUUUCCAUGGAACUAUAAGCAAUGAACUCGGGCACCUAACAGGCUUGGACCUAUUCUCAGUUGAGGCUAAUAAUUUAUCUGGUAUGGUUCCUUCUUCGGUCUAUAAUAUUUCUUCCAUAAAGUUUUUCAGUGUUGUUGAAAAUUACGAGUUGCAUGGAGAGCUACCACCAAAUCUCGGCACAAUGCUUCCUAAUCUCGUAAUAUUUUAUUGUGCUUUUAACAAAUUCACAGGAAAUAUUCCUGUAUCGUUGUCAAAUGCUUCUAGACUUCAGAAGCUUGAUCUUGCUGGAAAUGGCUUUUCUGGGGCAGUCCCCGGUGAUACUCUCGGAAGCUUGCAAAGGUUAGAUUGGCUAAACUUGGAACAGAAUCAACUGGGAAAUAGAAAAGCUGGUGAAUUGAAUUUUCUAAGUCUCUUGGCCAAUUGUACUAGUUUAACGGAGUUGGAUCUUUCCGAUAAUCAGUUUGGAGGACGAAUCCCGGGGUCCAUAGCUAAUCUUUCUACCCAACUACAAGAUCUUCGCCUGGGGUGGAAUUAUUUACAUGGAAGUCUCCCUAACGGCAUUGGAAAUCUUUUAAACUUGACUUAUCUAGGAUUGACACUAAACUAUUUGGGUGGUAGUGUCCCGGAUGAAAUUGGGAAACUUCAGAAGUUAGAGGGAUUGGAUUUGGAAUGUAACAAAUUUUCUGGGCGAAUCCCAUUCUCACUUGGUAACUUGACUUCACUGACAGAGCUCUACAUGUGGUCCAAUAGCUUUGAGGGUAGUAUACCUCCAAGUCUUGGAAACUGCAAAAAGCUAAUAAGUCUUGGACUUGAUAGUAACAAUCUUACGGGCACCAUACCUACGAAGCUUAUGGAGCUUUCAACCCUCUCAAUUUCUUUAGUCCUGUCUUAUAAUUAUUUGACUGGUCAACUGCCCUUUGAGGUGGGUAAUCUAGUGCAUCUCACGGAGCUAAAUGUAUUAGACAACAAGUUAUCAGGUGAAAUCCCUAGCACCCUCGGCAGUUGUACUAGUUUGGAGCGAUUGUAUUUGCAAGGUAAUAAGUUUGAAGGAACAAUUCCUCAAUCUCUUGAAAAUUUAAAAGGCUUGGAAACUCUUGACAUUUCAAGCAAUAACUUGUCUGGGCAGAUUCCUGAAUUCAUAAGCAAGCUUAGAGCUCUUAAGUAUCUCAAUCUUUCAUACAAUGAUUUUGAGGGUGAGUUGCCCAAAGAAAGAAUUUUUGUAAAUGUCAGUGGUGUCUCAGUUCUUGGAAAUCAUAGGCUUUGUGGUGGCAUCCCACAAUUACAUCUUCCUACAUGCCCCCUCAAAAAACAACAUUCAUCUCGAAGACUACUUUCCCCAAAAGUAGUCAUCCCCUUAGCUUGUGCACUUGCAUUCAUAAUUGCUUUAUCAUGCUACUUUGGUUCUUGUUUAGUGUUGAAAAAGUCAAGAGAUAGACCUAUAACUUCAUGUUCUAAUAGUGAUUGGACAAGAGUUUCCUACUCAAAACUCGUUGAAUAUACUAACGGGUUCUCUCUGAAUAAUCUAAUUGGUACUGGAAGUUUUGGUUCUGUUUUUAAAGGGGUAAUUCCUGAUGACGGAACAAUAGUCGCUAUUAAGGUAAUAAACCUUCAACAAAAAGGAGCUUCAAAGAGUUUCUUUGAUGAAUGCAAAGCUUUAAGGAACACAAGGCACCGUAAUCUUCUCAAGAUCAUAACUGCGUGCUCAAGCAUUGAUAAUCAGGGAAAAGACUUCAAAAGCUUAGUUUUUGAGUUCAUGGAAAAUGGAAGCCUAGACUCAUGGCUGUAUCCAAGAGAGGAGGAGCAAUCCCAGAUUAAGAGAUUGAGCCUUAUCCAAAGAUUGAAUAUUGCCAUUGACAUUGCAUCAGCGUUGGAUUAUCUCCACCACCAUUGUGAAACGUCCAUUGUUCAUUGCGAUCUGAAGCCGAGCAAUGUACUUCUUGAUGAAGAUAUGGUAGCCCAUGUUGGAGACUUUGGUUUAGUAAAGUUCCUCUUCGAAACAUCAAAUGAUCCCUUCUUCAGUCAAACCAUAUCUGCUCAACUAAAGGGUUCUAUAGGAUACAUUCCCCCAGAGUAUGGCACGGGAGGCCAAGUUUCUAUGCUGGGAGAUGUUUAUAGCUAUGGGAUAUUGUUGCUAGAAAUGUUUACGGGAAAGAGACCUACCGAUGACAUGUUCAAAGAGGGUCUUAGCAUUUACGAAUUCGUAGCCACGGCUUUGCCUGACCACGUGAUGGACGUUGUUGACCCUUCAUUACAGCUCGACCUCGAUGCAGGUGGUGAUGUUAACGAUGGCAGAUACGGCAAUGACAUACUGCACGAAAGAACUGCACUACAAAUACGUGUCAAUGGCAGACCGGUCAAAGAAAAAAAGUUAGAGGAAUGCUUUUCUGCAGUGAUGCGGGUAGGACUCUCUUGCUGUGCAAUAUCACCAAGGGAGCGGAUGCAUAUGGAUGCGGCUGUUGGAAAAAUGAGUGCAAUUAGAGACUCAUACCUCAAAGUUUUAGAAGACUUACGGAGGGCAAAGCAAGGCUGCUCGAAGGAGAAUGAACUUUGCUGAGCAAGAAUGUUUUCCACCCUAUGCUCACCAAAGCAAUUCGACCUCCGUCACUCUGCCUCACGUGAGAAGUCAUUGUUGUUUUGUGUGCGCGCGCGUUCGUAUGUGUGUGUUUUCUGUUUUUCUUUUUCCAGCUAUCACUUUGAACGUUCCGGCCCCGAUUCUGUGUUUGUUUUAAAAAGGACGGAGUUUUCCGUUUAUAUGGCUUGAUGUUUGUACGGAGCUUUUUAGACUCGUCCUGGUUUUAUAUAAUUCUGUUUAAAAUCUGAUGAACUCAUGCA